CCUAUUCUCAUUCCCAUUCCUAUUCCCAUUAUAAUUUGAUUACAAUUCUACUAUUAUAUAUAUUGAAAACAUCACUGCUAAUCAGGGUACGUUUUAGACUUUAGUCUUGUAGAGAAAGAGAGGCGCCGGAGACCACAGUGAAAGAUUCGGAGAUACUCCUACCUGCGGAAGCAGAACGCCGGAAACAGUCGUUUUCUCUUCUUCAUCUGCCGCUACCCGCCAGAGCACAGACUCGAGUUUCACUUUAAGAUGGUUAGUGAAAGUGAUUUAAAGACAUGGGUGUCUGACAAAUUGUUUUCAUUGUUGGGAUAUUCUCAGUCUGCAGUGGUUCAGUAUAUUGUUGCAAUGACUAAGCAAGCAACAACUCCUAUGGAUGUGCUGGGAAAGCUCCUGGAAGAAUAUGGGUUUCCAUCGACAAGCGAAACUCGUUCCUUUUCCGAGGAACUUUUUGCCAGAGUUCCCCGAAAAUCCUCUGCUGUAAAUAUUUAUAAGGAACAAGAAAAGGAAGCUGCUAUUUUAGCUAGGAAGCAGAAGACAUAUGCACUGAUAGACGCAGAUGGUGGAGACGACACUGUUCAUGCUGGUCUAGGUCAGAAUUCUUCUGGUUCGGCUGCUUCUCUGCCCAUUAGAGAAGACACACAAAAGAAACGUUUCAGGAAGAAAAUCGAAACUCAAGACAAAGAAGAUGAUGAGGAAGCCAAAGUAGAGAGACAAGUUAAGAGAAGACGGACUUAUGAAGAUGAUAGUUCAGAGUCAGAAGAAGAGAAGAGAUUGCAAGACCAAAGGGAGAGGGAACAACUAGAGCGGAAUAUAAGAGAACGUGAUGCUGCAGCAACAAGGAAGUUGACCGAGUCAAAAAAAUUAUCCAGGAAGGAGGAAGAUGAGGCGGCAAUACGAAGAUCGGAUACCAUUGAUGCUUUAAGGAAGGUGUCGAGACAAGAAUACUUGAAAAAAAGGGAGCAUAAGAAAUUGGAAGAACUCAGAGAUGAUAUAGAAGAUGAACAAUAUUUGUUUGAGGGUGUUAAGCUCGCUGAAUCAGAGUAUCGUGCAUUAAGAUACAAGAAAGAGAUAUACGAGCUUGUAAAGAAGAGGUCAGAAGAAGAGGAUGAUAAUACGGGUGAGUACAGGAUGCCUGAAGCCUACGAUCAGGAUGGUGGUGUUAAUCAAGAAAAGAGGUUUGCUGUGGCCAUGCAACGUUACAGAGAUCCUAGUGCUUUUGCAGAACAAGAGGCUUGGGAAGAGCAUCAAAUCAGAAAGGCUACACUGAAGUUUGGUUCAAAAAAUACGAGGAAGGAAAUCUCGGAUAACUAUGAGUUUGUGUUCGACAACCAGAUAGAUUUUAUCAAGGUAUCCGUGAUGGAUGGAGAUGAGGUGCCAAAAGAAUCAGUUGAGAAUUUUAGGACAAAAUCAGCAGCUUUGGAGAAGCAUCAAGAGGAGAGAAAAAUGUUACCUAUAUAUGCUUAUCGGGAUGAGCUUCUCCAAGCAGUUAAUGAACAUCAGGUUCUCAUCAUUGUUGGGGAAACGGGUUCUGGGAAAACCACACAGAUACCACAGUAUCUUCAUGAAGCUGGUUAUACAAAGCGUGGAAAGGUUGGUUGUACCCAGCCACGGAGAGUUGCUGCUAUGAGUGUUGCUGCCCGAGUGUCUCAAGAGAUGGGUGUCAAACUUGGCCAUGAGGUUGGUUACUCCAUUCGAUUUGAAGAUUGCACGUCAGAGAAGACAGUGUUGAAAUAUAUGACAGAUGGUAUGUUGUUGCGUGAAUUUCUCGGCGAGCCAGAUUUGGCAAGUUACAGUGUGGUGAUGGUCGACGAGGCACACGAAAGAACUUUGUCGACUGACAUUCUAUUUGGAUUGGUGAAGGAUAUAGCUCGAUUUCGGCCUGAUCUAAAGUUGCUAAUCUCAAGUGCCACACUUGAUGCGGAGAAGUUUAGCAAUUAUUUUGAUUCUGCGCCGAUUUUCAAAAUUCCAGGGAGGCGAUUUCCGGUAGAGAUACAUUAUACCAAGGCACCUGAAGCUGAUUACUUGGAUGCGGCCAUUGUUACUGUUCUCCAAAUACACGUUACCCAUGAACCUGGAGAUAUUUUGGUCUUUUUCACAGGUCAGGACGAAAUCGAGACAGCGGAAGAAAUUUUGAAGCAGAGGACAAGAGGGCUGGGGACAAAAAUUGCUGAACUUAUUAUCUGCCCUAUCUAUGCCAACUUACCAACUGAACUUCAAGCCAAAAUAUUCGAACCUACUCCCGAAGGGGCACGCAAGGUUGUUCUUGCAACAAAUAUUGCAGAAACCUCAUUAACAAUUGAUGGGAUCAAGUAUGUAAUUGAUCCAGGUUUCUGCAAGAUGAAAUCUUAUAACCCAAGGACUGGGAUGGAAUCUUUGCUGGUCACUCCUAUCUCCAAGGCUUCAGCCAAUCAACGUGCUGGUCGGUCUGGACGAACAGGUCCAGGUGCCUUGAAUAAGCUUGGCGAACUGACAAAACUGGGUAGACGAAUGGCGGAAUUCCCUCUUGAUCCCAUGUUGUCUAAAAUGAUAGUCGCUUCUGACAAGUAUAAAUGCUCAGAUGAGGUAAUUUCUAUUGCUGCUAUGCUUUCUAUAGGGAAUUCAAUCUUCCAUCGUCCAAAGGAUAAACAAGUUCAUGCUGACAAUGCGCGCUUGAACUUUCACACGACAGGGAAUGUUAACGUUGGUGAUCAUAUUGCUUUGCUCAAGGUCUACAAUUCUUGGAAGGAAACUAAUUACUCGACGCAAUGGUGUUAUGAAAAUUAUAUUCAGGUUAGGAGUAUGAAGCGUGCCAGAGAUAUAAGAGACCAAUUGGAGGGACUCUUGGAGAGGGUUGAAAUUAAAUUAUCAUCCAACACAAAUGAUUUAGAGGCUAUAAAAAAGUCUAUAACAUCUGGAUUUUUCCUUCAUUCUGCAAGGCUUCAAAAGAAUGGAUCUUAUCGAACGGUGAAGCAUCCGCAGACCGUUCACAUACAUCCAAGUUCGGGUUUGGCUCAAGUACUACCGAGGCCGAGAUGGGUUGUAUACCACGAAUUGGUUCUUACAACCAAGGAAUACAUGAGGCAGGUGACUGAAUUGAAACCGGAGUGGCUGCUGGAAAUAGCACCUCAUUAUUACCAGAUGAAGGACGUUGAAGACACAGGAUCAAGGAGAAUGCCACGAGGAGAGGGACGUGCAUCGUAGGAAUUGUUUGCACCUCGAUUGUUGAUACUUUUGUGGAGAUAAAAGAGAAUUGUAUAUGCCUUGGAAGAUUGUGUUGGUUAUUCGGAAAAGUUAUUUUGUGACGGUUCAAGUAGUUCGUAAAGACAAUUUUGUAGUUCGUAGCUUGUGUUUUUGUGUUUUUCUUUUUUAGUCUUCUUGGUUGUAAUCCAUCUUUAUAAUGACUCAAAUGCCUAUGGACCUCAUAUUCUCUUUCCCGUUCUGAGUUAAUGAAUAUAUUAGUUCGUAAAUA